AUGUCUGAUAUGAUGAACUUAGCAUUACAAGUAAUUAUCUACCUAUCUACAAGGAUAAUAUCAUAAUUUUAGCAGUUUUAAAAAAAAUAUUUUUGAUUAUGUAUUUUGUAUUAGAAUUCUGGUGAACACGAACUUACUAUUGCUGUUGUCAGUGAAUUUGGAGUUUGUGAUAUGAAGAUAGUGAAAAAAAAUCAAGUUUUUGUUUAUGACAAAUUUGAAGAACUAGUUUUCUAGCAUGUUUUACCUGCUACCAAACAAAAUAAAGCUGCGUUAGUACACUUUUUUAAUUUAUAGUUUGAUAGUUAAAAUUUGAUAACACAAAUUAUCCAUUGCUAAUGUUUUUCACUGGUUUAUUAAAAACAUUUAGCACCAUUUUUCUCAUUUCUACAAUUUAAAACCAGAUUUCACUAACAAUCCACAUUACACUGUUUCCUUUUCUUAUGUUUAAAAUAUUGAAGUAUAAUCUAUACGUUUAUAAAUGAAAUGGCUAUUUUGAAUUUUUCAAAAAAAUUAAAGUAAUAUUUUCAUUUUUUAUCCCCUUCCCCUAAAAAAAAAAGUUCAUAUAUAAACUGUAGUGUAGAGGCAUAAUAUUUAAAAAAAAAAAAAUACAUCAAAAAUAUUGAAUAGAACAAAAGUUAUUUCAAGUGGCCGAUCAUUGUGGACACCUUGUAUAUUCUUUUCAGCAGCCUCUAGGGAUGUACCUCCUUGAUAUUAUUUUAUUAUAUAUCCUUAUUUUAUUGCUUCAUAAAGUGUGUUUGAGAGCUACAAUUGAAUUUUUUUAAGUUAAAAAGGUACAGUAACUGGUUUGAUUGUAGCUUUAAUUUUGCAAAUGAUUAAUCAGUUUAAGUUUUUAGAAUGGGAGUUGAGACUUUUUUUCAUUGGGUGACAAUAUUUUCUCUUAUGAGGAUGUUAUUUUGGAUUUUAACCUCAUUUCCAUCAACCACUACUCAAAAAUACUAAUAGUUUACCAUUAAAGAGAAGAUAAAGUCCUAUCCUAAGAUAAGAUUUUGGAUAAGACCAAUUGUUUAUGCCCAUUCCUCCACCUUUGUUGAUUUUAUUGUUUAACCAAUUCACACUGUGACUGUUAAAAUUAUCAAUUAUGAUCUUUGGCCUUUUGUCUAUAAAAUUGUGUGGUUUUAUAAAGAUGAAUUUUGCACCUGGGGGCAUACUUAUUUUCCUUAUCAAAUUUAUAAUAUUUGUAGUUAUUUAUUUUGUGUGCAUAUUUUUACAGGAUUAUUAACCUGAUAUGUUUAAGAACAUGUUAUAGUCAAGCAAUUCCUGUACCAAAAAUUAAUUCACCUAUAUACAUCAUAACAAUGUACAAUGUUGUAAUAAGUGUGUCAAAUUUAAAACCUGAAGAAAAAAUAAAUCUAACUGGCAAUUACACUAUACAUUUUAUAUCUAUAUGUUAUUAUAAUUUUAAUGUUUAGAAAAGAAUAAAAGAAAAACAUUUUAUAUGAGUGACAUUUUCUCUUAUCAUUUACGAGAAAAUGCUACUCAUUUAAUGUUUGGAAAAGUAGAAUCUAAAUAAUAUAUUAAGUAUAAAUAUCAGAAUAAAUUAAAAUGUUGUGAUUUUGUUUAGAAAGCUAUUGAUACAGGAAUAACUGUUAUGACUGAUGUGUGGCUAGAUGUUUGUGAAGAAAGUCCAUCUCAUAAUAUUAAUAUUGUUAAAGAAAAGUUUGAUAAAUACUAAUGUCUUCCAUUUUAUAAACUCACAUUUACUACAUCUGGUUUAGAUGCUUUAGAUCAAGACAAAGUCGUUACAUUGAUUCAUUCAAAUGGUAAUAAAAUAAAAUAAUUAAUAUUAAAAUCAUUUUUGUUUUAAUGAAACCACAUAUUAUUUAUUUUUUUAGGUUGAACAUAUUCACCUCAAAUGAAAAAAAAGGAAACUCAUAUAUUAAUUAUAUCGAAUCCUAA